AUGCAAGCGUCACACGCUGCAUCAAUUGCCCGAACGAUGCCGUCCAUGAGCUGUAAAAAACAGCAGUACGUUUGUUCACAGAUGUUUCAUCCUAUGUUAAAUCCGCUAGUUCCCUUAAAAAAAGGCAGUUUGUUGUUCAAAAGUGAUGGAUAUUCUGAUCAUAACCUAUCACGUUUGGUAGAACUGACGUCUGGAAAUACUGAUGAGGACUUUCUAAAUGCUUAG